AUUGACCACGCCCAGACGUUCUUACGUCAUCCCGUCCAAUCAACGUCUGCUGACCGCAUUCGCUGCGGUGUGCGCGCUUGUUGUCAUGGUGACGUUUAUCGAGACAUCCAGGAUGUUGAUACCCAGGAGGAUGUUGUCGAAAAGAGAGCUCCACUCUCUCACAUCAGGUUUUUCUAACGACGUUCCGGUGGCGACAUUUCAAAAUGGCGACAGUCCACCGAGGCUCCACCCACACCUGCCCAAGGUCAUGGUCGUGGGGUUCUCCCACUGUGGCGGGAACAUCGUCAUGUCUGCCCUGGCCGCGCACCCACACGUGGCCUUGAACUUCAAGCACCUGAAGUACUUCCACAGCAACAGGUCAUUACGAUGGUAUCUUUCCCAAAUGCCGCCAUCUUUAGAUCACCACGUGACUAUUGACGUAGGCUACUCAUACGUCACCAACACGACUGUUUUGGAAAAACUGAAGGCUUUCAACGAAUCCCUAAAAAUCAUCGUGUUUCUCUGCGACCCCAUCUCUCGUCUGCUCGACAACCAUACUCACUUUUUAUACCGUCAUCAAACGGAGGCGGCCUACCCAGGGAACAUUCUUGACGAAAAAAAUAUCGUCGAGUCUUUAAUCAAAGUUAUAAUAAACAAAGCGAAUCAAACUCUCGAUUACCUGACCUUGGCCCACUUUGGAAAAUACCUUCAAAACAUUUCAGAAUUGUUUCGCAUUUUUCCUCGAGAUCAGGUUUUAAUCAUGGAGAAAAACCGUUUCUUUGAAAAUCCCGACACCGAAAUGACAAAACUGCACAAGUUUCUCGGGGUUAAAGUUCACUCGCGGUUUGAAAACCUGCGCUACGACAGGGCCAGCGAGACCUUCUGUUACAACCUGACCUUCUGGAGGAGCAUGUGCAUCAAAGGUCCCGUCAAAAACAUCAGCCGGUUGAUGGGGGUCAAGCACCAAGGUGUGCUCAAGGCCAUGCAACACUUCUACGCUCCGCUGAACAAACAGCUUUACCUGUACCUGGGGGAAGAGUACAACUGGCACUGACAGGGGUGGA